AUGCCCUCACGAACCAACAAAGGCAUCCCCGUCCCCCGCGAUGCGGCGCGCGGUCGAUCCGGCGACGGCCAGCAAGCUGCCUGGCGUUCCAGUCUCGAUCUCGUCUGGUCCUAUUCGCGCUCCCAAGCCUUCUACGGCAACAACAUUGCUACCUCCCCCUCGUUCGUCGAGCGCCGAUGGGCGGGACAGGACCUCGAAGAAGCGGAUAGCAUCUACGAGGAUGACGAAGAGUUUACCGAUGAGGAGGACGACUAUGCGAGCACAUCGCAGAGUCGAGCUUCGGAUGCGGGUACCGACACGGCGUCGAUGGCGAGCGAUGCGCGGUUCGGACCCGAGGAGGAGUUUGAGUGGGAGGGCGAGCUGCCGCCGAACGCGGUGCAGAGGACGAGAAGGCGGAGCAAGGCGAGGGAUCGCAGAUUGGAGCAGCUCGAGAGUGCGGAUGAGGACGAGAGGAGUCGGAGUCGGAGUAGGAGCCCCAAGCGGCUGAGCGGCGUGAAGGAUCGCGUUCCCGGCAAGGCGGAUCCGAGUCGACGCUCGCAGCUUUCCACAGCUAGUGAGGUGUUGAGGGACCCGUUCGCGGAUGAUGCCGAGGAGGGCAGCGGGAGCAAGGAUUCCGAAGUGACACCGCUCAUGACGCAGGCCAAUUCGACAAGACGCAAGUCGAGCGGCUACGGUACGAUACGACGCACCUCCGAAUCAGGUGCCCUUUCCACUCGCUCCGGCGACUCGAACUACCCUCCACCUGAUCUGGGCAACAGCACGCUCCUCCAGUCGUGGUUCAACACGGUCAACGCCCUUGUCGGCGUAGGCAUCCUCGCUCUUCCCCUCGCAUUUUCCUAUGCAGGUUGGGUCGGCGGCACACUUCUCUUCCUGGUCUGCGGCCUACUCACCAACUACACAGGCAAAGUUCUCGCCAAGAUCAUGUCCAAGGAGCCCUCUCUCCGCACCUACGCCGAUAUCGGGAGCUACGCAUUCGGCCCGUCUGCGCGCGUGCUCAUCAGCCUCUUCUUCUGCCUCGAGCUGUGGGCGGUCUCGGUCGCGCUUAUCAUCCUCUUUGGCGACUCAAUGAGCGCCAUCUUCCCCAACGUCGCACCGGCAGCAUUCAAGAUGCUUGGCUACGCCGUGGUGCUACCCUCCGUGUUUCUGCCGCUCAAACUCCUUUCGCCCAUCUCGGUCAUCGGCAUCGUAUCCACCUUCACCCUUGUGGUCGUCGUCAUCAGCGAUGGGCUGAUCAAGCACCAUGCGCCAGGAUCGCUCUUCGAGCCGGCACCGACCACGCUCGGCCCACGCUGGUCGCGAUUGCCCCUCAGCUUUGGGCUGAUCAUGUCGGGCUUUUCGUCACAUCCGAUCAUCCCUUCGCUGGUGCGCGACAUGAAGGACCCAUCCAAAUUCCCGAGGAUGCUCAACCUCGCCUACGCCGCCGCCACCGUGCUGUACCUCAGCAUGGGUAUGGUUGGCUACGCCAUGUUCGGUAUGGGCGUUAGCGACGAGAUCACCAAAGACCUGGCCAGGACGCCCGGGUUUCCGAGGGUGCUUAACAGUGUAGCCAUCUGGUUGAUCGUGGUCAAUCCGCUGAGCAAGUUUGCGCUUGCGACGCGACCGAUUCAGACGACGUUUGAGAUUUUGCUCGGGGUGGACGAGCAGAUUGCCUUGCGGGUUCGGUCCAAACGGAGGAGGAGUUCGGCUGCCAUUGCGUCCGGAGUCAAGGCACCGAAUGGAGAGAGCAACGUCGGGACGGAGUCCAACGGGGAUGGUGGGAGUAGCAAGGCUACGGAUCAGGAGAGCGCGACGACGGUCGAAUCGACAACCGCGCAACGAGUCUCGUUCGCCAGUCCAUCCAGCCCCACACCCACCACGCCGAUCGCGGACGACAACCCCCUCGCCAACUCCUCUAUCAGCCUUCGAGCCGCCUCCCGCACCUCCGGGCUCACCCCUCGCACCCGCUCCAUCCUCCGCUUCACCCUCAAGAUCGCCCUCACAUUGCUCAUCGCCCUCACCGCCGUAGUGCUGCCCGGGUUCGAACAGGUCAUGGCCUUCCUGGGCGCCUUUCUGGCGUUUGCGACGUGCGUCUUCGGACCCCUGUUGGCCAAUCUCAGGUUGUUCGGCAAGGAGAUGCGCGCGUGGAGGGUUGGGGUGGAUGUGAUCAUUCUGGGUGUGAGUGGGGUCAUGGCGGUCACAGGGACCAUUUGGGCGUUCUUAUAG